AUGCGCCUCCUGGCUUUCGGCGGGCUCCUGUGGUGGGGGUCCGGGAUCCGCCGGCGUCUGUCUGGCCCUCUGCUGUUGCUUGGAGCGCUCUGUCUCUUUUACCAGACCUUCAGUGUGGCGUGGAGCCGGCUGCAGGGCGGCAAACCUCUCAGUCCAGAUGAGACCUUCGCUGAGAACAGCGGUGUGGAGAAAAGUCUGCGCUUCAUCUCUGCUCUAGAGUCUGUCCAGGCCCGGUCCAUGUCGGACAGCGGUCACAAGGCCUUAGUUCUGACCGGUCGCCAUGUGGUCACAGAUACGGAGGUCCAGCUGUACGUGCGAGUGCUUCAGCAGAUGGGAUACGAGGUCCUGCUCUCUGGAUAUGCAGAGACCAGCCUUCUCAAGCACGGGAUGAGUGGGGUGAGCCUGCUGCUGUGCCUCAGCUCCUCGGAGACCAGCUGCCUCCGGAGGGUCCCAUUCUCUCAGCUCAAGAGUCACCAAAGAGUGAACCUCGUCCCCCAGAUCAUGAAGGCUUUCUCUGAUGCCGGCGGUGGGCUGUGUCACAUGUUUACUCACGCUUCUUUGACAGGUUCCAAAAUCCCCAUGAGCCUCUGCUCUUGUGCUUCCAGCCAAGACAAAGAUUCUCUCAGAGCGUCUGGUGUGAACAAGGCUCCUGUCGCUGUGCUGAGUGUCUACAUCCUGAUCACUGCAGUCGAUCCGUUGAUCUCCUACAUGCACGACAUCACGGUGUUGUCCCCCAAUGGAGAGAAGGCUCGACCAAUUCAAUGGGAAAACCUAAGACCUGAAGAUUUAGGCUUUGCGACUUCUUAUCAAGACAUGAUGGAGCACAUACAUAAGAUUAUUGCAGAUGUGUUGCAGGCAGCACUGGUCACCUACAAGAAAGACCACGCAAACAGAUGUCUCCUGUGUUACCAGCUGCUUACUUUUACUCUACUUUUCAAUCCACCGCUCACGCCCACUGUUAUCCAGGUGGACACUGACUGGACCUUUUCAGCGCUGGAUGACAAAACCUUUGAUCGGAAAAUCACCAAAGACCUGAUGCUCGAAGACAUGAUUCACUUUCUGCUCAAAUCAGAAUCUCUGCUGUAUUCUGCCUCCAAAACUGCCAGUAGUCGUACAGGACCUCUCGGUGUGACUCUCUCUGAAGAAAACCAACUGCUUCUACUGCAGUUCUCUCGACAGAUGAAAUUACCUGGACCUUUUCAGCUGCUUGAUUUUAACACCACACACUGCUCCUCUUCAGUCCAUCCUCAAACUGUCCACGACUUCGUCAUCAAAACGGCCUGUUACUACGAGCAACAUCAGAACCUCAGAAGUACCAAGGCUAAAUCUCUGGCUGGUAUUGGACGCACACAACAAAGAAAAGGCAAUGCGGGGUGUGUAGACUCGCGGCUUAGACAGAUCUACACGGACCCUCCUCUCUCCAUCGCGCCGGCAUUCGACCCCGGAGUGAAGGAGUACCGUGUUGAGGUUCCCUUCGACACGGUCACGGUCCGCAUCCGUCCAGAACCCUUCGAUGCAAACUGCCGCGUGCGCCUCGACGAGCUCAGUGGGCCGAGCAUGGCCAACCUCCCCCUCGGCCUGGGGCAAAGUAGGAUACGGGCGCUAGUGACGGAUGGCGGGGAGUCUGAGGCCGUGGUCAUGGUCUACACUCUGAAUGUGUUCAGGGAGAGCCGCCCCAGUCUGCCCAUGUUUGGAGACCACGUCAUGUGCAGCUUCACUCAGGAAUGCAGCCUGCUGGUUCGGCCUGAUCAGUCCUGUGGUCUGGACCCUUUCAACAAGUCUGAGAGUGUACUUCAGCCGUGCAGCUCUGGGGACACACCAGGUCGCUGGGUGGUGCCCUGUCUGAGCUGCUCGGACAACAGGACCUGUGAUUGGAGGGAGAUUGCCUGGCAGCCUGAUAACUGUUAUUACCCGCAAGUAGACCGCCCUCAGCUGCAGAAGUGUAUGGCUGACCGAAAGUUGCUGUUCAUUGGGGACUCUACAAACCGAGGAAUGAUGUAUUUCUUAAUGGAGCGCGUGAACUCCAGUUUGCAGGAUUGGGAAAAAGCACACGAUACUUUGGUCUACACAGACUUAAACGGUGGUCGGACGCUCGUCAGCUACUCGUAUUAUCCUCAGUUCUGGUUGGAGGCAAAUCAAAGGCCCACUUUCACGGAGUCUGUGGAUAAGCUCCUGGAAAGGUCCAGGCCGCUUUCCGACUCCAGACGUACAGUGCUGAUUGUGGGAGGAGUCCAGUGGCUGAAAAUCAAUCAUCUGAAAGCAAUUAAAGAAUCUCUGAAGAGAAAGGGCCUUAGCAACAUCCUGGUGGUGAUCAAGACUUUGGGGAUGGGAUUCCACCUGCUUGUUGAUGGGGUCAGAUCCCUGAAACUGAGAGAGAUACAAGACCUCUACAGAGAAAACCAGAACCUCAUCAGCACCGCAAAGGAAUAUGGUUUUGAAGUCGUUGAUACAUUCAGCAUCACAAUGGGGCGAUAUAAAGAGUUUCUACAGGGAAGAUGCGCUUGCCAUUUUCAUGAGGUGAAGAAGCGUGUGUCCUCCAAAACCUCAUUUGUUUUAACGACACAAGUCAAUGGGACGAGAGCGAGCCACAAUACAGCUGUGACCCGGGACCAUGGGACUGGAUCGUGUUCCUACGAAGUGAAAGGAGCCGUGAACCAGGUGUACUCUGAGAUCCUGCUGACCCGACUCUGCCCUGCACAGACCUGA